AUGUCGUCGACGCCCCCUCUCGACGACGCGGAUAAGCAUCCGCCCGAGAAUGUUCACGAAGGCUAUCAGGACAGUCGCGACGACGUCGAGUCGGGCGUAGAGCCCGACGUCGCCAACAUCGAGCGCAUCUAUCGAAAAUUGGACUUCCGCAUCAUCCCCGCCUUCUGGGUGCUGUAUUUCCUCUGCUCCGCCAUUCGAUCCAAUGUCGGUCUGGCGCAGACCAUGAACUCGGAUGUCAAGCAUGAUCUCGGUUCCGUUUUGAACCUGACGCCCCACCAGAUCUCCACGGGCCUGGCCUUGUUCUACGUCUGUUAUGUCGUGUUCGACCUGCCGUCCAACCUGAUCAUGACGCGCCUGAGCCCGCACGUCUGGAUGAGUCGCAUUGUCAUCAGUGUCGGUAUUAUCGGUGCCUGCAUGGCUGCGAUGAAAGCCGCCUGGAGUUUAUAUCUUCUGCGUCUUCUUCUGGGUAUCGUCAUCGCCGGCAUGUGGCCCGGCAUGGCUUACUAUCUCACCCUCUUCUAUCCCCCGUCGCGAACCGGCAAACGCAUCGGCCAGUACUACACGGCCGCGCAGGUCUCCGCCGCCGUCGUCGGUCUGGUGUCGGCCGGGUUCCAGAAAAUGGACGGCGCGCAAGGCCUCGUCGGCUUCCAGUGGAUGUUCCUCGUCUACGGUGUCAUCACCGUGGCCGUCGGCAUCGUGCUGCUCUGGUGGCUGCCCGACCGGCCCACGGCGCCCGGCGAGGAGCCGUCGCAGCAGAAGUACCUGCGAUGGAUCCCGCGCAGCCCGCCGGCGCUGACCGGCCGCGACGCCGAAAUCCACUACCAUGACCUGCGGCGCGUGUACCACCGGCCGCAGUGGAGCGUGCGCGACCUCACGCGCGUGCUCUUGGACUGGCGGCUGUGGCCGCUGCUGAUCAUGUACUUUGGCGUGGUGGGCGUAGGCAUUGGCGUGCAGAACUACGCUACCGUUAUCAUUAAGGGGAUCAACCCGAGCCUGAACGGCAUCGACCUGAGUCUUCUGACUGCUCCGAUCUGGAUUAUGGACCUCAUCGCCAUUCUUCUGGUCACCCCCCUCUCCGACCGCUUCCACCGCCACCGCGCCAUUUUCUUCUCCAUCCCCGUCUGCUUCCAGAUCCUCGGCCUCCUGCUGACCACGUACGCCGGGACCGCGUCCAACUCGUGGCCGCGCUACGGCGGGCUGCUCAUCGUCGGCUUCGGCCUGGGUCCUACCGUGCCCAUCACGAUGACCUGGACGACGGAGAUCUUCCAGCCGCGGCACGGCGAAGUCGGUGUGGCGGCGGCAUCGGCGGUGGUCUCGGGCUUGGGCAAUCUCGGCUCCAUCCUGACCACGUAUGCGCUGUACACGGGGUGGAAGAGCGACUACGAAGCGGAGGGGCGGGCGAAGUACCGCAAGAGUAACCUGGUGAUGGUGGGGAUUUUGUGCGCGAGUAUCCUGGCGUCGGUGGUGAUGGAGAUUCUGCUGCGCAUUGUGGAUGGGCGGAAACGGAGAGACGGCGAGGAGGACAAGAUUGUGGACGGGGCGGCGAGACGAGAGAGAGAGCAGAGGGGACUGGAUGGGCUGUUCCGCUUUGGCAUGUUCCGGCGCAACAACUGA